AUGGAUAGCACAGAUGAACCUCAGAAGAAAGUCUUCAAAGCUCGAAAAACAAUGAGAGUAAGUGAUCGACAGCAACUUGAAGCUGUCUAUAAGGUUAAAGAGGAGCUGUUGAAGACAACUGAAGUUAAACUGUUAAAUGGAAAGCAUGAGAAUGGAGAUUCUGAUUUAAAUUCUCCUUUAAGCAAUUCAGACUGUACGGAGGACAAGAGAGAAGUUAAUGGCCUAGUGGACUUGUGUGCUAAUUCUGAAGAAGGAAGAACAGCUGCUGAUGAAAUUAGUGAAGCCAGAAGCCCUGAAAGUACAGCAGGGAGUAUAGUCAAUGACACAGAACUCAAACCUCUAACGCUGUCUCCGGACAAUGUUACUCUCGAGGAAGAUGAAGAUGCUGAUACUGCUUUAGCUUGUGAGGUUGAAAAUGGAGUGCUUGGUAGCAAUAAGGAUAACUUCCAUGAAGAAAAUAAUACAGGUGAUCGUUCGGACCAAAGAGAGAGUGACAUCCCAUCAGAAGGUGAAAGUAGAUCUAACUGUGAUGUUAGUGGCUCUUCUGAAGAGAACAGAGAAACGAAUGACUUAACUAUUAGUUCUGAUUCAUCUGGUGAAGAAAAGAGGACUGAAGAAGUAACUGUUGAAGAUGCUGUUGGAGAGGCAGCCAUCUCUAGCAGUAUGGGAGCUGAUCAGGAACCAAAGGACAAACGGGACAGCCCUGCAGGUCUUCCAGAAACCACUGUUCAGAAGAAAGUAGAUGAGUCAAGUGAAAGUAUAUUGGACACUGCUGACUCCAUGGAAACAGAUGAAAUUAUUCCAAUUUUGGAAAAACUUGAAGAUGAACUGAGCUCUUUUUCUAAAAGUUCUCUGCUUCCAGUGGAUGACACAGUCCCAGAUUUAGAAGAGAAAAUGGACAACUGUUUGGGUUCACCAUCCAAGCAGGAAAGCAAUGAAAGCCUGCCAAAAGAGGCUUUCUUAGUACUGUCUGAUGAAGAUGAUCCCUGUGAUGAGAACGAGGAACAGACUGAAGUGAUACCAAACAAAUCAAGUCUUCCAGAAGAGGUGGGGGAGGAGACAAGAAUGGAGAGUGAAGAGGAUAAAGAAGAGGCCCACAAAGAAGAAGAGAAACACACAGAGAGAAGUGAAGUGUCAAGGAGAAAGCGUUCCAAAUCUGAGGACAUAGACAAUGUUCAUUCUAAACGUCGUCGGUACAUGGGAGAAGAUUAUGAAGCAGAACUUGAAGUGAAAAUUACAGCCAGAAAGGAUGUUGACCAAAAAAUACAACAGGUUAUCCAGAGGCUGUUGGAAGAAAAACUUACCGCUUUACAGUGUGCUGUAUUUGACAAGACUCUGGCAGACUUGAAAACCCGAAUAGAAAAAGUAGAAUGUAACAAGAGGCAUAAAACUGUGCUUACUGAACUAAAGGCUAAAAUUGCAAGAUUGACAAAGCGAUUUGGAGCAGCCAAGGAGGACUUGAAGAAAAGACAGGAGAAUUCACCAAAUGCACCAGUGUCUCCAGGUAAAGCAGCAAGUGAACCUGCAAGCACAAACAGUGCACCAUAUCGAAAUGCUGGCACAGUGAGACAGAUACUGGAGUCAAAGAGGGGUGUGGGGGAGAGCACAGCAGCAACUUCUCAAGCCCCUGUGAAUGCAGCUCCCAGUCUUGCUGCUCCUCCGACACUCAUCAGUGCACAGCCUAAGCCUCCGGCUCCAGCGACCUCCAGCAGCUCUUUGACGACAGCAGUUCUUCCCACAGCUAACACAGCUACGGUUGUAGGCACUAACCAAGUGCCCAGCGGCAGCGCGCAGUCAGUGUCUGUCUCGUUGCAGUCUUUGCCCGUAAUCUUGCACGUACCUGUCGCAGUGUCCUCCCAGCCUCAGCUCCUGCAAGGCCACACAGGGACUUUGGUCACUAACCAACAGUCGGGCAACGUUGAAUUUAUAUCUGUACAAAGCUCGUCUACAAUUGGUAGCGUUACCAAAACGACAGUGUCUUUGGCAUCGGCUAACUCAACUAAACCAAAUAACAGCCCAUCCGUGGCCAGUCCUAGUAUUCAGAGGAACUCUCCAGCCAGCGCUACGUCGAUAGGCACAACGUUGGCGGUACAGGCGGUUUCUUCUGCACAUCCUGUUGCCCAGGCCACAAGGACUUCUUUGCCUACAGUGGGUACUUCAGGACUUUAUAACACCGCCAGCAGUCGAGCCCCCCUACAGAUGAAGAUUCCCCUCUCUGCGUUUAGUAGUACAGCUCCCGUUGAAGCACCCACCGUUACAGCCCCCAGAGUUGAAAACCAGACAAGCAGACCACCAACAGAUUCUUCGGCAAACAAGCGAACUGCUGAGGGAACAGCACAGAGCGGGAAGGUCACAGGAAGUGAUUCAGGAGGUGUCAUUGAUCUUACACUGGAUGAAGAGGAUGAUGGCUCUUCUCAAGCAGAUGUGAAGAAGCAGAACCAGACACCCGUCGCGGGACCAAGCGCACCCACCCAGCCCACGGCUCGACCUUUGCAGCCUUUGCAGCCUUUGCAGCCAAACCCUGUGCCGCAGGCAGGUGUGCCAACGAGUGGACCUUCCCAAACCACCAUCCAUGUAUUGCCUGCAGCUCCAACAACAGUGAAUGUAACUCAUCGGCCAGUGACUCAAACUGCUGCAAAACUUCCUAUACCAAGAACCCCUGCGAACCACCAGGUGGUCUACACCACCCUUCCUGCGCCGGCAGCUCCGAGUCCCGUCAGAGGAGCUGUCAUGCCAAGCCCGGGGUUAAGACCGGUCACCCCACAGGCUGGAG